AUAAAGUGUUUGGUUACGAUUAAAAUAGCUGCUUGUACCUCAAUUUAUCUGUGUUUAUGCUACUGAAUGAAUGCUUAUGUUUUCUGGGGUUCCUACGUUUUUAUGUGGGCUGGCCGCCGGGUGGUGUGGCGGAAGGGGGAGUGACGGUAUGAGUGCAAUUGUGAUCGGACACUUUAAUUGAAGCUUUUGCAUUUCGUUUAUUUAGAAGAAUUCGCUCCACUUCUGUCAUUUAAAUAUUAGUUCCUGACAGCAAAAUCAUGAAAGCAGCAUAGCCAUUAGUCCAUUCAUGGCGGGCGCACUUACGUUUCUUGACAAAGUUCAAACGACAAGAAUGCAUAUGAUUUACUUAGAUAGCAAGUAACGAGAGCAAUUUUCUCCAUAAACGAAAUUUUACAGUCAAAUACUCACAGAGGACAAUAAUUACUUCACUUGUUUUUGAGUUUUUUUUUCAUAUUAAAAAAGUAUAGAGUACUGCCUCGCCAAUUAGCAAGAGCCCUUUUUCAUAAAUUCCUUGUUAUGUCUUGAUAUUCUUAUACCUAAUUGACCUGAUUAAUCUGGCAAAAAGUUCCCUCAUUUAACUCUAAAAACACUUUCUUCACGCUGCUGCACCUCCUCUUGAGAAUAUUUUCUCUAACGAGUCUUUUCUUGACGAGUGAAUAUGUUUUUCUGAAAUCUUAAAGUACUUUAUAUUCCACAAGUUGAAGUUGGCAGGUAAAAAAAUAGACACCUUACGAGGAAAGCUAGAUCACUCUCUAUAUAAGGGUAGUUACCCUUAUCUCACAGAUAUUGCCUUCGCCAUUCUGAUACUGCAUUCAGGAAAUCUGAGAUGCAACUGUUCUAUAAAGGGAGAUAUGUUGACUUCGUCUGCUGCUUUAUGCAAAGCUACGCACGAUGUGUCUGUGUUGGUACCUUCUAAACAAAAAGGAAAAGUUUUUUCAAGGGACUUGUGGAUUAAAUCUCGUACAAGGAGGCCUUUGGGAAGCAUAUUUGGAUCCUGGAUAGUGGAGAGAUCUAUUCCUAUCCGUCUGUUCAUUCCAGCUCGUGCUAGUGAUGGGAAUGGUACUGCGAAAUGCUUGAACAGCAAUUCUUCCAUCCUAAAGCAGGCCUUGAUUGGUUUUAUAGACGAGGAUAGUUUUUUCAAAGAUGAAAUUGAUACAGCUUCAGAUUGUGGCAAAAGUUUUUCAACCGAAGGUCAGACCGUUGAGGAGCCAUGGCUAAGUGAAUCUUCCUCGCUUCUUCAUCAUUUGGCAGAGUCAGAUGCUCCUGUUGAUUUCAUUUGCGAUGACAAGAUAGUUAAGGGUCUUGACUGUGAAAAUUUAGAAUCAAGAUGCUUAAAUCAGUCUACACUUAGUGAGAAUUUCUGGUCCAAGUAUGAGGUAAAUGCUAAUGAUGCUUCAUCAGGAACCUCGUAUGAAACAUAUGCCUAUGUGGAGGAGCCCUGGUUACUUCAAGCAUGUACCUCUUCCCCUAGUUUUGAUGCUGAGACGGCUCCUGACGACUGUAAAGUUGAACAGUCAGAUAAAGAGGAUGAAGCUCAACCUUCAUUUAGCAAUCAACUUGAACAAUUAGCUCAACCUUCAUCUAGCAAUCAACAUGAACAAAUACCUGAGAAGUUGUUGCCUGUUGAUCAAAAUGAUGCAAUUUCCAAGGAAGACUCGGUUACAACAAUUAUUCUGAUUAAUUCUUCGGUUUGUACUGUGCAAAGAAUUGCUGUUUUGGAAAAUGAGAAACUGGUAGAACUGUUGCUGGAACCAGUGAAAAAUAAUGUGCAGUGCGAUAGUGUAUAUCUAGGAGUAGUUACAAAGUUAGUUCCACACAUGGGUGGUGCAUUUGUAAAUAUUGGCACGUCCAGACCCUCCUUUAUGGAUAUAAAGCCCUACAGAGAACCAUUUAUUUUCCUCCCAUUUUGUCACGAUUCAAGGGAAAAAAUAAUUAAUGGUACUGUGGUUGACAUGCUUGAAGAGAAUCUUGGUCUUUCUAGAAAUGGAUCCACUUUAGAAGAAGUGGACACAGAUGAGAUUGAAGAUGCUGAUAUAGAGGAUGAUUCCAUGGAAUACAUGGACAAUGAGUUUGGGGAGCAUGAAAGGGGAGACGCUUGUAAUAUUUCAGAAGUCCUUGUAGAAAAUCGUAAUGGUAGUGUAACUGAGCAUGGGCUUGAAUCUCCUUCAGAGAAAUAUUUGGAAGAAUCCAGUGGAAUUGGGUACCAAGGGCAGAAUCCAACUAUUGAGCAUACUGUGAAUGGUAAUAAAGUUUCACAAAGAGAUGAAAGCAAGUGGAUCAAGGUCCGGAAAGGCACUAAAAUAAUUGCACAAGUUGUUAAAGAGGGAUUGGGCACGAAGGGCCCGACACUGACUGCUUAUCCAAAAUUAAGGAGCAGAUUCUGGGUUUUAGCUCCUCGCGGCAACACGAUAGGUAUUUCAAAGAAGAUCGCUGGUGUUGAGCGCACACGUUUAAGGGUCAUUGCAAAAACUUUACAGCCUCAGGGAUUUGGUCUAACGGUAAGGACAGUUGCAGCUGGUCAUUCAUUAAAUGAAUUGCAGAAGGACUUGGAUGGCUUGCUUUCAACUUGGAAAAGUAUAAUUGAGCAUGCAAAGUCUGCAGCUCUUGCCGCAGAUGAAGGUGUUGAUGGAGCAGUUCCGGUUAUGCUUCACCAGGCAAUGGGCCAAACACUCUCUGUUGUUCAGGAUUAUUUUAGCGAUCAGGUGAAGAGUUUGGUGGUUGAUUCUCCAAGGACAUAUCAUGAGGUUACAAACUAUCUUCAAGAAAUAGCACCUAAUCUUUGUGAAAGAGUUGAGUUGUACAGCAAAAGAACUCCCCUGUUUGAUGAAUACAAGAUUGAGGAAGAAAUAGACAACAUUCUCAGCAAAAGGGUUCCCCUUGAUAAUGGAGGUUAUCUAGUGAUUGAACAGACAGAAGCUUUAGUCUCCAUCGAUGUAAAUGGUGGCCACUGUGUGCUUGGUCAAGGGACUUCACAAGAGAGAGCUAUUCUCAAUGUUAACCUUGCAGCUGCCAGACAAAUUGCUAGGGAAAUAAGGCUGAGAGAUAUUGGUGGCAUUAUUGUGGUGGAUUUCAUAGAUAUGUUGGAUGAUUCAAAUAAGAGAUUGGUCUACGAGGAGGUCAAGAAGACUGUUGAGAGAGAUCGAUCAACAGUUAAGGUGUCUGAAUUGUCGAGACAUGGGCUUAUGGAGAUUACAAGGAAAAGAGUUCGACCUAGUGUGACAUUCAUGAUCAGUGAACCAUGUGCAUGCUGUCAUGGGACGGGGAGAGUGGAAGCUUUAGAGACUGCAUACUCUAAGAUUGAACGUGAAAUUUGCCGGCUGCUAUCCACAAUGGAUCAGAAGGCAGACCCUGAAAACCCCAAGUCUUGGCCCAGAUUUAUUCUCAGGGUUGAUCAGUACAUGUCUAACUUUUUGACUUCAGGAAAGAGGACAAGGCUAGCAAUCUUGAGUAGUUCUCUCAAAGUGUGGCUUCUUCUAAAGGUUGCUAGAGGUUUUACAAAGGGGACCUUUGAGCUAAAACCUUUGACAGGUGACAAGGAGUAUAAGAAUGGACAUGAAACUGCUAUUUCAGUGUUACGACCCACAGAGGGUGGAUUUCACCCCCCUCGGAAAAAACUAACCAUUUUUCCCAUCAAAAAGUGGAAGAGUAGCGGAAAGUGAUCUUGCUUCCUUAAGAAUCAUCUGUACAGGUCUCAAUUCACAAAGAACAUCCCGGUAUGGCAGCAUAAUUUUAUUUAACCAAUUCUUUCCUCCUCGGUUCAGCUGUUUCCCUCUGAGUUUUUCUCCUCGGCGUUAAGUAGGUUGGUGUAAGAAAUAGCUAGUUUUAUAAAAACAAUUUUGCAGAGCAUGUACGCAUUGGUAAUACAUCUAUUCCAUUAAUUAUCUGGCCUAGCCUUUUGCAACCCACAAUGUAUACUCAUAUAUCUAAUAAUCAUGUGCUUUCGCCUAUGA